AUGUACCUGUGUCAGGAGCUGCUCCUGCUGGUGCUUCUGAGCUCUGUGGUGGCCUCCCUCAUCAGGAUCCCCCUGCGCAAGGUCCCUGGCUCACCUGGUGCCCUCCACCCACUGAGGAGCUGGAGGACUCCCCAGGCCCCUCUGCCCAUGGCCCAGCCCAUUGUUGAGAUGCUUUCCAACUACUUGGACGCUCAGUAUUACGGGGAGAUAGGGCUGGGGACACCCCCCCAGAACUUCUCUGUCGUCUUUGACACAGGCUCCUCCAACUUCUGGGUCCCGUCUCGACGCUGUAGCUUCUUCAGCCUGGGCUGCUGGUUCCAUCGUCGAUAUGACCCCAAGGCUUCCAGCUCCUUCCGGCCUAAUGGGACCCAAUUUUCCAUCAGUUACGGGACAGGGCGGCUGGAUGGCAUCUUGAGUGAGGAUGUGCUGACUAUCGGAGGCGUUGGGGGGGCCCCCCUAGUUUUUGGAGAGGCCUUAUGGGAGCCAAGCCUGGCCUUUGCACUUGCUCACUUCGACGGGAUCCUCGGCUUGGGCUUCCCAGCUCUGGCCGUGGCCGGAGUGCAGCCUCCGCUGGACACGCUGAUGGAGCUGGGGCUGCUGGACCGGGCCAUUUUCUCCUUCUACCUCAACAGGGACCCUGAAGGAGUUCCGGGUGGAGAAGUGAUUCUAGGAGGCUCAGAUCCAGCUCUCUACAUCCCCCCUCUUACCUUCCUGCCUGUCACCCGGCCAGCCUACUGGCAAAUCCAUAUGGACCGUGUGACUGUAGGCCACUCCUUGACUCUGUGCCCUAACGGCUGUGCUGCUAUUCUGGACACCGGCACUUCGCUCAUCGCGGGGCCCUCCAAGGAGAUCCGGGCGCUGCACAAACUCAUUGGCGGCUUUCCGCUGCUGGCUGGGGAGUAUCUGAUCCCCUGUGACCGACUCCCUGCCCUCCCACCCAUCUCCUUCCUGCUCGGUGGUGUCUGGUUCAACCUGACCGCCCAAGACUAUGUCCUUCAGCUGGCCAGCGGCCGCACCCGCUUGUGUCUGUCCGGUUUCUUGGCGCUGGACGUGCCACCGCCCGCGGGCCCGUUCUGGAUCCUCGGCGACGUCUUCUUAGGGUCCCAUGUGGCUGUGUUCGAUCGGGGGGCAGCCCGCGUGGGGCUUGCACGGGCGCGGGGGGUCCUCCCCGGCCCCUGA